CACUGCUUUGCCACAACCCACAACACCUCACGAACCCUAUAAAUACUCUGCCAACAUGGGAAACGAUGGCGGCAGUAUCCCUACGCGCCGCGAGCUCGUAAGAGAAGCCGCGAAGGCGCUCACAACGACCCAGGUCAAAGAAGUGCAGACCGAGCAGCAAGAAUACGCCUGGAGCACGGAUCCGAUAUCGCGCAAACCGCUUUCACGACCGGUGGUGUCAGACUCGGUGGGGAAGCUAUACAACAAGGACUCGAUUCUCGAAUACCUCCUGCCGUCGGAAGACAGCGCGGGCAAAGCAGAGGCGGAGAAGGUGUUAGAUGGCCGGGUGAAAAGCUUGAAGGAUGUGGUUGAGGUCAAGUUCGAGGUCGCGGAUGGAAAGAUGGAGCGGACGAAUGGGGAUCUGGGGAGGACGGAGAGGUGGUUGUGCCCGAUUACGAAUAGAGAGUUGGGUCCGGGGGCGAAGGCUGUGUAUCUGGUGCCGUGCGGGCAUGCGUUUGCGGGGAGUGUGGUUAAGGAGAUUUCAGGGGAGACGUGCUUGCAGUGCAACGAGCCCUAUGCUGAAAACGACAUAAUCCCUAUCCUGUCAAUCGUCCCGACUGAUAUCGCGAGAUUGUCACUAAGGAUGCAGACGCUGAGGGAGAAGGGCCUGACCCAUUCUUUGAAGAAGGGUGCUAAGGACAAGAAGAAAAAGAAGCAUGCUGAUAAGACCGCCUCGGUUGUCAAAGUGGAGGAAGACUUGAGCAACGAGGAAGCCAGAAAGGCUUCUAAGCCGGCAAAGCGACUAUCUCUCACUUCGGAUCUCCCACCGCCAUCUAAAGCCCCCGUGCAUGCUUCCAAUGGUAUUCGGAAUUCCGCUACUGCAUCCCUGACCGCAAAGGUUCUCGAGGAGCAAGAGGCGCGGAAUAAGAAACGAAAACUGGACAAGACUCUAUUCUCUAGCAACGACCAAACCCCGUCGAUGAAGAAGAGUGGCGAUUUCAUGAACAGGGGGUUCACUAUUCCGGCGGGUGCUAAGAGAUGGAAUUGAGCCUCAGAAGGGACAUCUGGAGUUACAUGGAUCAGGUUUUGGGCAUUUCCCUUGAUGGCCCAAAGCUACCUGGGGGAGUUUCUGCGUUCUUGGAGUAGGUAAAUGGUCUGAAGGAAUGAUACCAGGGGUGCAAAGCACAGCUCCAUCGAAUUUCAUAUGAGAACAUGGCCUUGUAAGUAGUUACUAGCCUCUCUGGAAAGCAUACAAAGAGUCCCAAAUUUGACUUGAGAAGCAGCUUGGCGAAUAACAAGGAUCGUUAGUG